AUGGAUCCAAACGUCCAGCGUGCCCUAAACGACAAGCUCUACGACAAGCGGAAGGUCGGCGCUCUCGAGCUCGAACGCGUCAUUCGUGAGCUAGUCGCGGCCAAGGACUAUUCUAGAGUCACCGCUGUUCUUGACCAGCUUUGUAACGAGUAUGCCUAUGCGGUUCACCAGCCUCAUGCCCGUAACGGCGGUCUGAUUGGCCUGGCAGCCGCUGCCAUCGCUCUUGGCCCGGAGCUCCCACGCUAUCUCGAGGUCAUUGUCCCGCCCGUGUUGGCUUGCUUCACCGACCAGGACGCACGAGUUAGGUACUAUGCAUGCGAGGCCAUGUACAACAUUGCCAAGGUCGCCAAGGGAGAAAUACUCAAGUACUUCAACCACAUAUUUGACGCCCUGUGCAAGCUAGGCGCCGACUCGGAGUUGUCCGUCAAGAACGGUGCAGAGCUGCUAGACCGGCUCAUCAAGGACAUCGUCUCAGAGUCUGCCGCGACCUAUGUCAGCGUGCUCGAGCUCCCAAACACAAGGGGCGACGGUCUUGAUGACGAGAUCAACAACGAUAAGGACAUUGUUGAGGAGCCACCAGAUCUUCCUACUGCCUUCUCCUUGAAGCAAUUCAUUCCACUGCUCAAGGAUCGUAGCUACACCAUCAACCCCUUUACCCGCACCUUCCUUGUUGGCUGGAUCACCCUCCUCGAUUCGAUCCCAGACCUCGAGUUGGUUACAUAUUUGCCCGAAUUUCUCGGGAGCCUGCUCAAGUUCCUGAGCGAUCCGAACCGGGACGUGCACCAGGCGACCCAGGCUUGCCUCGACAAGUUUCUAAAUGAGAUCAAACGUAUAGCUCGGAUAAAGAAGGGCAUCGCCGAGAGCAAGAAGUCAAAGGGGGACGGCAAGAGGAAGCGUGAAGAAUCCAUCGACAGCGGUAGCGUCCAGGCUGGCCUUGAGGAGGGCGACGAGGUUGCUUCGACCUUGGCCGCCGAAGAGGACGAGACCAGCAGCGAGGAUGACUGGGUCCCAGGGCAGGACGUGCAGGUCAAUUACAAGGCCGUCCUCGAAAUACUGACCAACUUUCUAGACCAGUCCAAUACGACAGCAGCCCCGAAGCCGGGCGAGCGCGCCGUAUUGGCAGUCACAACGGACGAGGAUGGCUUGCUUGAGUCCUUGAAAUGGAUCGUCGAAUUCCUGGAUAUCUGCCCCGAGGAAGUCCUGCCUUUCACACCAAAGAUACUGGCCCAUUUGCUCCCCGCAAUGGCCAGUGGCGUUGAAUCAAUCCGUCUGGCAGCUGCAAGGGUCAACAAUGCACUAAUGAACUAUGUCGUUUCGCUUUCAGAUGAGCCAGAGCUAUUUCUAUCGCACCAUCCAUCAAGAGCCGCGGUCGCGGCUGAGCAUCAGGAUGGGGCAUCUAGCAACCGGGCAUCCCUAUCCAAUUCUCGGGAACUCGAUACUCGGAGCCCCACACCGAACUUGAAGCAGGGGCAGUCACCCGCCGACGGAACACCGAGGGGACCAACGCCUGCUCCCUCAAACCAUCCACAGGCGGACCUGGACUACGCAGCGGCUGUUAAUUCUUUGACCUUGCUAUUUCUGAACGAUCACGAGGCCACCCGCGUUGCGGCCCUGACAUGGCUGAUUAUGCUUCACAGGAAGGCGCCGCGAAAGGUUCUCGCCUUCAACGAUGGAACCUUUCCUGCGCUGCUGAAGACACUCUCCGAUCCAGCCGAGGCAGUGGUGACCAAAGAUCUGCAACUCUUGUCCCAGAUAUCCAGGAACAGCGAGGACAGCUACUUCACCAACUUCAUGGUCAGCUUGCUCCAGCUCUUCUCCACGGAUCGGAGACUAUUGGAGACUAGGGGAAACCUCAUAAUCCGGCAGCUGUGUGUCAGCUUGAGUGCAGAGCGCAUUUAUCGCACCCUAGCCGACUGCAUAGAGAAGGAGGAAGAUGUCGAAUUCGCUAGUAUCAUGGUACAGAACCUCAACAACAACCUCAUCACGGCUCCUGAGCUCUCCGAAUUACGGAAGAGAUUGCGGAACCUCGAGUCAAAAGAUGGGCAGACCUUCUUUGUCGCCCUAUUCAGAUCAUGGUGUUACAACGCCGUGGCGACGUUCUCGCUCUGCUUACUUGCGCAAGCUUACGAACAGGCGUACAACUUGCUUCAGAUAUUUGCCGAGCUGGAGAUGACGGUUAACAUCCUCAUCCAAAUUGACAAGCUGGUCCAGCUGCUCGAGUCACCUGUCUUCACAUACCUUCGACUUCAAUUACUAGAACCGGAGAAAUACCCCCAUCUUUACAAAUGUCUCUACGGACUUCUGAUGCUCUUGCCACAAUCAUCCGCAUUCGCGGCGCUCAAGAAUAGGUUGAACAGCGUCAGCUCUAUAGGAUACUUACACAUCGCACCAAGACCUAAUGCCGCGACACCGAGUUCAGCGUCGUUCGACAGACCCAACCGACUCAAGGGUCGAGAAGAAGGCAUCAUUCGCUGGGGUGAACUGCUUGAGAAGUUCCGCAGCGUUCAGGAGCGCGCGAGGCGAGCGCAGAGGUUGGGGGGCGAUCGAGACGAUCAGCCAACUCUGGGAGUGGGGGAUCUGCGUAUCCUGGACGCGGCCGAAAUGGCUCCUCCCAAGACAGUUGUUGGCCGCCCCGGGGCUGGGCCGCCCGUUCCUGUAAAGGACAGCCCUGUGCCGACGCCGCCAGCUGCUAAGCCCAGGUCGGGUCUCGGUAGGCAAUUUGGGAGGUUGGGGGCCUCAGUGUCGGGAAGGGGAAAGAGAGGGCCAUAG